AUGAGUUCCUAUUUCUUUGUAGCAUUAGUUAAAAUUGCUAUAACAACAAAUCCAGAAAUAACUUUUCCUGGACAACGUAUGCUUGAACUUGUACGACCAAUAAGAAAAGUUUUAAAAAUUGAACAUACAGCAUUAGAAAAUUUUGAAGCAUUAAAGGCUUUAACUAAUUUAGCUAGUAUUGGUGAAAGUGUUCGAAAACGUAUUUUAAAAGAAGGUGAAUUUUCAACUAUAGAACAAUAUAUGUUUGAAGAACAUUCAAUGUUAGGACAAGCACCAGUUGAAUGUAUGUAUAAUUUAGUUGUUCAAGAAGAAGUUAUUAAAUGUUUUACUGGUGAAAAUGAUNAUGUAAAAGACGAAAGCAUGUUAAAUCAUAAUAACAUUCUAGUGUAG